AUGUCCUCAGAACCGCCGACGAUCAUAACUCCAGACCAAUCUGCAGACUUUGACCACCACAACUUGCUUGAGCAGCCUAAAUUCCAGGAAAGUCUCAAGUUCUUGGACGACGUGAAAAGGCGAUUUGAAGCAACUCAGCCGGAAGUUUACCCGGCGUUCAUUCAAGCGCUCAGUAAUUUCAACCAAGCAUCUCCGACAACACAAGAGGAGGCCGACAGAAAUCUUGUCGAGAUUCACUCCAAGGCAACGGUGCUGUUUCAAGGGCAUGAGGACCUGUUGGAGAGGUUCGAGAGCAGUCUCCCCGCAGAUUACUUCCAUCAAAGGGCGAAGUCGGAGAGUCAGGUUUAG